CCGUCGGCCAUCCUUGCUCAUAACUCCUCCACCCUUGCCCUUUCCCAUCUCUCCUCUCCACAUUAGAGGCACCUCCCAACCCAUUCCUCUCUUUUCUCUCUCCCUCUCCUGUUCCUGGUCUUCCAAUCCUGUCGCGACCAUCCCAUCCUCCCACCGUCCGCCCAACGGCUCGUGUUUUCUUUUCCUGUUUGCUGCGUCUUUCGACUCAUCGUCAAUUGAGUGAUUCCAUCAUCAAUUCAAAGACCCAGAGGUGAGUUUCAUCCAACUUUUCUACCGCAUGCAGGCGAGAGAGAUAGAGAGACACGCACCACGAAUCCUCCAACUCGCCGGCGCCGACACAGAGCCACUGGGAAUUGAGAAAGCGAAACGAACGAGACACGCAAAAGAGACAGCCUAGAAAGGAGAAACACCUCCACCUGCCCGCUCGCUCGAUGGUAGCAUCCUUCCUCGACCUUUCGACUCUUCGUCCCUUAUCCGCCAUCGCCUGGAUCAACCUCGCAUUCCAGCCCGUCGCCCCCAAAGAAUUCGACCCGUCUCUCUCGUCUACCCGUCGGCAUCACAAUCACCUGCGACGUGGUUGGCUAACAAGCUUUGCUUCCUUCAGGUCUCCUUCAACGCGCAACGCCCAAUUCUUUACUGAAUCCCCAACUCCCUUUAAUCCCAUCAAUUUUAUUCUACCAGUCGUCGUUUCCAACGACAACAAGCCGCCAAAAUGGGUUGCGGAAUGAGCACGGAGGACAAGGAGGGCAAGGCCCGCAAUGAGGAGAUCGAGAAUCAGCUGAAGAGGGACAAGAUGAUGCAGCGCAACGAGAUCAAGAUGCUUCUUCUGGGUGCUGGUGAAUCCGGAAAGUCGACAAUUCUGAAACAGAUGAAGCUGAUUCACGAGGGCGGCUACUCACGCGAUGAACGGGAAUCCUUCAAGGAGAUUAUCUUCAGCAACACGGUGCAAUCCAUGCGUGUCAUCCUCGAGGCAAUGGAGUCCUUGGAGCUGCCUCUCGAGGACCAGCGCAUGGAGUACCACGUCCAAACCAUCUUCAUGCAGCCCGCCCAGAUCGAGGGCGAUGUUCUGCCUCCUGAAGUUGGAAGCGCGAUUGAGGCGCUGUGGAAGGAUCGAGGUGUGCAAGAGUGCUUCAAGCGCUCUCGCGAAUACCAGCUCAACGAUUCAGCAAGAUACUACUUCGACAAUAUCGCGCGUAUCGCCGCUCCCGACUAUAUGCCUAACGACCAGGAUGUCCUCCGAUCGCGUGUCAAGACAACGGGUAUCACGGAAACCACAUUCAUCAUCGGCGACCUGACCUACAGAAUGUUCGAUGUCGGUGGUCAACGAUCUGAGCGAAAGAAGUGGAUUCACUGCUUCGAGAACGUCACUACCAUUCUCUUCCUGGUCGCCAUUUCCGAGUACGACCAGCUGCUAUUUGAGGACGAGACUGUCAACCGUAUGCAGGAGGCCUUGACUCUCUUCGACUCCAUCUGCAACUCAAGAUGGUUCAUCAAGACGUCUAUCAUCCUCUUCCUGAACAAGAUCGAUCGUUUCAAGGAGAAGCUCCCCGUCAGCCCGAUGAAGAACUACUUCCCCGAUUACGAGGGCGGAGAUGACUAUGCUGCUGCGUGCGACUACAUUCUCAACCGAUUCGUCAGCUUGAACCAGCAUGAGACUAAGCAAAUCUACACGCACUUCACCUGCGCGACAGACACAACCCAGAUCCGCUUCGUCAUGGCGGCAGUGAAUGACAUCAUCAUUCAAGAGAACCUGCGGUUGUGCGGUCUGAUUUGAACAACAAAAACGUUUGCUUUUUCUACAAUACCCUUUACUUCUAAUUGCAUGACCCAAGCCAGAAAGCGUCGUGGAGAGGCUGGCUCAUGAAAUUAACUUUCUUCUCGACGAUGAGACGGCGACCCGACGGUUUCCCAAGAUUCCCUUGAUUACGCGACUGUAUUUUUCUUCCUACCUCUCGGCUAUCCCCUCGUAUAUUGCCUCGCGAAUCAGGCGGUAUACGUUUUUGGUUGUGCUCUUGUUGGCCCGCGUUCAGGAAUAAGAGGGGAAAGGUGGGAGGUAGUUCUGUACCAAACAUGAUGUCUCGACCAGUAGACGGGCUCGCCGCGGAAGACGGAACCCUACUGCGGGCCGGCAGCGGCAGUGGGAGAGUGAGAGGGGGGCAGGAGAGAAGGAGAGAGUGAGAUGGGAAGAUGGCCCCCAUGGAUGGAUAGCAAGUGGAAAAGAAGCAAUGAACUUGAAUGCAUUUGAGAGAGCCUGAUGGAUGGAAGGUGGCU